GCGCUUGAGACAGGGCGAAGGAAGUUUCAUUUGGCUCUGUGGUGCUUAACUAAAGUUUUCCCCGGAGUCACAGUGGGGGAUUAGACAUUCUGUGAAAUUGUAACGCUGGAGAGACUGAUCCAGCGGUGGAGGGAACCAUCGUUUUCUUCGGCGUUGAAAGAACAAGUACGUCUGUGAGAUUAUUAGAGGACCGCAAAGGAUUUUUUCUCCCGCUUUCCAACCCCCUCUUUCCCAAAUCCUCCGACCCCCUUCUCGAUCCGAGAUGGGGAAGGAGCAGGAACUCCUAGAGGCGGCGCGCACAGGAAAUCUUGCCGCCGUGGAAAAGCUGCUAUCUGGGAAACGACAAUCGACUGGAAGUGGAAGUGGAUCAUCGGGGACUGGUGGAGGCAGCAAUAGCAGUGGUCACAAUGCUUCGCACCCGCUUUCCAGCCUUCUCAGUAUCUGGAGGGGUCCUAAUGUGAACUGUGUGGACAGCACUGGAUACACUCCUCUACACCAUGCAGCCCUAAACGGACACAGUGAAGUUGUGGAGUCACUGUUACGUAACGAGGCCUUGACCAACAUCGCCGACAAUAAGGGCUGCUACCCGCUGCACCUGGCCGCAUGGAAGGGGGACCAACGGAUCGUCAGGCUGCUCAUUCACCAAGGCCCCUCACACCCCAAACUCAACGAGCAGAGCUCCUCUGUAGAGCACAAAGAGUUGAAACGCUGUGGGCCCUUUGACCUGCAUAUUAAUGCCAAGAACAACGACAACGAGACCCCUCUCCACUGUGCCGCUCAGUACGGCCACACCCAGGUGGUGCGUCUGCUGCUGGAGGAGCUGACCGACCCCACCAUGAGGAACAACAAGUUUGAGACGCCGCUGGACCUGGCGGCGCUCUACGGCCGCCUGGAGGUGGUCAAGCUGCUGCUCACCGCCCACCCCAACCUGCUUAGCUGCAACACCAAGAAACACACGCCGCUGCACCUGGCGUCACGCAACGGACACCUGGCCGUGGUGGAGGUGCUGCUGGACGCUGGCAUGGACAUCAACUAUGAGACGGAGAAGGGCAGUGCCCUCCAUGAAGCGGCACUCUUUGGGAAAACCGAUGUGGUGCAGAAACUUCUGAGGGAAGGGGUUAAUGUCAACAUGGUGGACAACAAGGGCCUGACUGCGCUGGACACUGUCAGAGAGAUGCCCUCUCAGACAAGCCGGCAGAUAGCAGCUCUAAUUUUGGGUCAUAUGUCAGGAAAUCCCCCUGUUUUGGACUUGCCUCCUCCCCCUCUCCCUCCACCUAAUGAGAGCCCUAGCCCGAGGAAAAAAGGUGAGAUGGAGGUGGUGAGUGCACUGCUCUCGGGGCUGGCCCCGGGGCCUGAGGAAGAGAGCCCGUAUGAGGCUCUCUUUGAGGCCACCUCCUGUCACUCUCUAGACAGCCUGGCUAGCGGGAAGUCCUCCGACAGGGACUCUGGACGGCCUGACAGUGAAGCCGGAAAGAAAGACCGGCUGGCUCACCAAGCCCAACCUGCCCCAGGCCAUGUGGAGGAGCUUAGCUCAGAGGCUCUAUUCACUAACAGCAGCAUCGAUGAGAGGGGGGAGACUGAGGAGGAGGAUCACACGUAUGAACUGCUGCUGUCUGCCCAGACCAAAGUCCCCCAGUCCGCACUGGACCCCCCAUCCCAGAAAGAUGGGAACACUACAGUUAAACAGUCUUCCAACAGUCUCCUACCUCAGCAGCAGAAGCCCACUGCCCCUAGUGACCUCAGACCACCAGGCGAAACGGACAACACUCUGAAGCUCCCCGGACCUUCUGUGGUUGGGCCUGGACGGACGGGACUCUGCUCCACUGGCGAUAACUCCCUACUCGGCCAGGACCUAGUUGCAGUACCUGAAGUGUUCACAGGCCUCUUGCACGGCUCCUCGCCUGUCUUUGACUGUCAGGUGGAGCCCCUCAGCAGGCUGCCAGGUGGGGUACUGACACAGUCCAGCCAAGGCCAACAGCCGGCGCCAGCUCCAACGGUACCCACCAAAACAACAGAAGCUCCGCCUCUGCCUCCUCCAAACAUCAACAUGGCUGCCAUACUGACAGACUGUGACCCCAAAGCCAUCUAUGCCACAGUGUCUAAGGGGGUGCCCAGGGACAGAGACAGAGACAGGAUGAGGGACUUUGGGUCUGGGGCUGUGCCUGCUGGCAGGAUGCGUCCCCCUGGGGACCUGAAGCUGGCCCGCAGCCUCUCCAAGUCGGACUCGGACCUGCUGGUAUCGCCGCCUAGCGAGGAGGAGGGAGGGCUGGGCAGCCGGAGUGAGUCCGUCUCCAACUGCAGUGCAACCAAGAAACGGCUGGAGAAGUCGCCCUCUUUCGCCUCUGAAUGGGACGAGCAGAUGCCUCCCACACUACCUCCUCGGAGAUCUCAGUCCUCUGAAAGUAUUGAGAAGAUCAUGACACUGAUUGGCGCAGGCAUCGAUUUCUCCAGAGACCAGCAGUACGCUACCCCAGGUGGGGCGGCUGGGCGGCUGCUGGAUCAGCCCGUGGGAGACUGGCUGGAACACGUGGGGCUGCCGCAGUAUGAGAGCAAGCUGCUGCUCAAUGGCUUCGACGACCUGCACUACAUGGGCAGUAAUGUGAUGGAGGAACAGGACCUGAGGGAGAUAGGCAUCACUGACCCAGGACAUCGAAGGAAGAUCCUGCAUGCAGCUCGGUCCCUGCCAAAAGUGAAGGCCCUGGGCUGUGACGGAAGCAUCUCUCUCUCCUCCUGGCUGGACCUCCUGGGCCUGCAGGAGUACCUCCACAACUUCCUGUCCAGCGGAUACCGCAGCCUCGACUGUGUCAAGAACCUGUGGGAGCUGGAGAUUGUCAACGUACUGAAAAUCACCCUGCUGGGACACAGAAAACGCAUCAUCGCCUCGCUGGCAGAACGGCCCUAUGAGGAACCUCCUGUCAAGCCCCCCCGCCUGUCCCAGAUCAGGUGUCAGGACCUGGUAUCCCAGACCUCCUCUCCCAUCUUUCACAUGGACUCCUACGCGGGUCGUUCCAUGGACCCCCUCCUGCCGUUGGGGGAGCCUGGGAGGAGGAAGGGGCCUGACCCAGCUUACGAUGUGGACCCCCACCGGCCCCGCAGUGGAAGACACCGCUCACAUGAGAGGUAUGAGGAGCGGCAUCGGGAGCCCCGCCUGACCCUGCGACCCCCCAGCCUGGCAGCACCUUACACCCCUGUACAGAACUGGCACCACCAGCCUGAGAAGCUCAUCUUUGAGUCCUGUGACUAUGAAGCCAAUUACCUGGGAUCUAUGCUCAUCAAGGAGCUACGUGGGACAGAGUCCACCCAGGACGCCUGUGCCAAAAUGAGGAGGUCGACAGAGCAGAUGAGGAAGGUCCCCACCAUCGUCCUCUCCAUCACAUACAAAGGGGUGAAGUUCAUUGACGCAGCCAAUAAGAACAUCAUAGCUGAGCAUGAGAUCCGGAACAUCUCGUGUGCGGCCCAGGACCCAGAGGAUCUGUGCACAUUUGCCUACAUCACCAAGGACCUGCAGACCAACCACCACUACUGCCAUGUGUUCAGCACAGUGGACGUGAACCUGACCUAUGAGAUUAUCCUGACGCUGGGACAAGCUUUUGAGGUGGCCUAUCAGCUGGCUCUCCAGGCCCAGAGGACCAAACAGCACCAGGUCAUCCCAGCAGGACCUGGGACAGAGGUCAUCGAGACCAAAUCCAGCCGGCCCGUUCCUAAACCACGGGGCAGCGUAAGAAAAUUAGGGGUGGACCCGUUGGAGCUGGUGGGGGACUCCCAGUCCCAGGGCAGUGCCACGUGGCUGGUGGACCCCGUUCCCAAGGACUCUAAGAGGACCAUCAGCACUAAGUACGAGACCACCAUAUUCUGAGUAGACCUGCCUCCUCACCUCUCCUCUCCUGACCUUUUACCUUGGAUCUGACCUCCUAAUCUACUGUACCUUUCCUCCUCUCCUUCUCCUUCUGUGUGCCUUUCAAUGUGACUCUGCCUGUCUCCACUCCAGGCCUGACCCCUGCUCUCCUGUCUCCCUCCACCUCCUUUCCUCUCCCCUGCCACUGUCGGACCCUGCUGUCUAAGAAGUUCAACCCCCCCAGUUAGUCUACACAUGUACCUUCUGCUCUCCUCGCCACUGUGCAACUGGAACACGUUCCUCUAGCUUCCCUCUAAUGAAUUAGUCCUGCCAACUACUGGGCCCUGAAUCCUUCCAACCUUCUCUAUGAUUGUGAAGCAAUCAUCAACCGUUCCCCAGGCAUUUACUGUAGUUCCUCUUGCCUUUGUGACCAAGAAGCAUGAGACCUUAUCCUUCCACAACAUUCCCUCUGUUUUCGUUUUCUCAUGAACCCUGUGCUUCCUCACAUUCACAUUGGCACUGCAUUAGCCCUGCUUUCAAUUGUGUAAUGUAUGGUGCUGUUAUUUGUAGCAUUUACCAAUGCUAAUAGGCUCAGUGGCAUUAUCUGACCGAUCCAGUACAGUAGCUGUGAAGUGUGUAAGACAGCAAAUGUAAUCUACAAGUCACUGAUUAAGUUUGUUCAAUGGUAGCGAUCUCCAUUCUUCCUACAGUACCUUCUCACCACUCUAAUUUACCUCUUACUCACAAACUACUAUCCCCCAAACUCUCUUAGAACAAUCCUUCAUUUUUCCUUCUAUAUCCCUCCUUUCUUUUUCAUUCCUUUUACUCAUCAAUCUUGUUUUCUCCUCUGGGUGCUUUUCCUGCUCUACCAGGCGACGGCCACUGUGAGAUGCUCUUGAAGAACUUUCCCUCCUUGUUUUCUGAACAAUAAUCUCCUGACUCCAGUGCUCAGAAAAAAAUAUAUGAUUCUCUACAGCCAAGGAUCAACUACCUGGAUGAACAUUGUUUUCUAGAAGAAUCUGUAAGAGACCGGCUGUUCCAUUGUUCUAACUCUACACACAUUAGUAGGAACAUUGCCUGUUUCCCUGCAAGGGGAUGGAUGACAACCUUGUUGCACAGGACUAAACUCUAAACUCAUUCCCCCUGGGAUUGGUCCAUUUGGGUUAACAGGGGGAAGGGCACGUACAUGCGUAUCCUGUCAGACUUAUUUACAUUCUUUGUGUCGGUUUACCGGAAACUGUCUGGGAAAACUGGCCCUCUGUGUCAGGCUGCCAAAGGAGGCUAGGGCCCAGCACUGUGAUAGGAGAUCUCUAUUGGGAACUAAUGGGGCCUUUUGUUAGGGAACAACAGUGCGCAGGAUAGGACACAGAGGCUCACACAGAAUAUAGUGUCUUACGUAGAGGUGCUCACUGUUAUAGACAGACAGCCUAGUGGGACAUCUAUUUGAGCAUGCCUUUCUCUGUUUAUGACUGGGAUGACUUUGAUUUAAUAUCUAGUGCAAUCCUAAUUUGGAGUGUCAUGAGCACUUUUUGUGAAUGCUUGGACGCUGGGGAAAUCUUGUGUGCAUCCAACAUGAUAUGAAGAGGAAUUGAAUUGACUGUUCAUUUAAUAGAGUAAGAACCAAAGAGAUGCCGAAAUGCGUGAAUUCUGCUCUAGCCACCCGUAAUAGACCUGGGUGAUGGUCUUAGGGUAAUAACUCAGCCUAGCUGGUACAUCAGUCAAUAUAGAGCUGAUUAGUGCCAGUAACCUUAAUGACGAGGAAGAGAGCUCAUUAAAUCUCUGUGGAGAGGAGAGGUUAUAUGAAGUACGUAAAAAAAUAUAUAUAUAUAUACCAUUGUGCACAAUCCAAGCAUGUCUUAAUGGACUGAAAGAGGAAGGCAUUAGGUUGGCAAGGCACUGAUUCUACAUAUAGACAUAAUAAAAGUACAUUACUUACUGUUGCUGUGCUAGUUUCAGCUCAUUAAGUGUUCAAAUCACUGUUCACAUCCAUCUAAAAUUCAAACUCAUUGCCAUAUUCCAAAUAGUGUUAAGACCCAAUCAACCCACUGUUGAAACCCAGCGGAAUGGGGGACUUUCCUUUCCUUCUUUUCCUUUUCAGAGCUCAUGCCUUCUUGAUGUUCAUGUUGUCAUUAAUGGAUGUCUGUCUGUUUGAUUUAGAAUCCACCCUGCCUCAGUCAAUAUUCAGAGUGCUAACAUUGAAGAGGCAGUUGAUCAUUAUCUAGAAAAAUCCAUCAUUUUUAUAUCUCCUCCGUUUAGUUUUCAGUUGGCUCCGUCAUGUUUUUACAUUAUUUUAACCCCAGUGCUGUGUUGGUGUGUAUCUCCCUUCCAUGUAGCUGACUACCAUGACCAGACACCCAGCCAGAGUGAGAGGUCAGGGGUGCCCAGACCAAUGGUAUUUUGUUGUGGGGCAGGAUGCCCUUUUGGAACCAAGAGAAAGGUCAGGCCCACUUUCCAUGCACCCCUCCACCCACUGGGGGUCGUGCUUGCAUACACCAGGAAGGCCCUACCUGCUCUCUGCCGCCCCCGGCCCUCUCCUCAUCCUCCACUUCUUCAGCUCCAGGGGUCAGCGCUGUAGCUCUGUAGCAGACAGACAGGAAGUCCGCUAUUGGCUUCUUCCACCCUGUCCUGUCCUUUGACCACUGUGACUGACUGCCCCCAGGCAGUAAACCGAAUCAACCAACACCCUCGCUGCGUCCACUUACAUAUACUGAACAAUGGACUCAAUAUGUCAAAACUUGGUCAGUUAACUAGAGCUCACAAAGGUGGGUGUUUGUUUGGUACGUGUCCCUCUUUCAUUGUGAAGCACUCAACUUCAACAUCCCUCAUCUGUUUUUGGUACAAAUGAAACAUGUUUAUCCUUUACAGGCCUGUGAAUGCUGCUCAGACAGACAGGGUAUUCUAUUUAUGGGUACGAGAGUGACAGGUUCCCAGUUGUUUUUUGCCAGACAUUUUGUGACUUGUUUAUCCAUUCCAUGAGAGGUGAAGAUGGUUGCCUCAAACAACUCCUCCUCAGAGAGGCCUUUCCCAUACACUUAAAUGUGUCUUCACUGAGGGCUACGCUAAGCUACUCUUUACUCUGACAGUGAUAGUAAUCAACAUAAAUUAUAGAUUUUUGAGCAGAGAACAUUGAGAUCCUACCUGACUAUCUCAAUGCAAUGCCUAUGGGAAAUGAGAGACACAUUUGGGAAGAAUUGGGUAAAAUGAUUACAAUGUGAAAUGCAGCAGUACACUCACAAGGCUCUCUCCUGUCCAUCCAUCCAAGCACCAGGUCAGCGACAUCAAAGCAUCUCUUCCUUAUUUUCAUUUCCUCAUUCAUAACAUACAGAACUGUGAUAAAUAAUGGAAUAGUGUGCGGGAGGAAUUUUGGACGGCUGUUAAACUGACACUACAGAUCAUAUUUAAACAGGGUGAAUGGCUUUUAUUUGAUAAAAAUAAUAAUAAUAAUGUAUUGUCUUUUUGUACGUUUUAACUGUCCUGAUGCUGGAUACUAUAUGACCAGGCUGGUGUUGGGAGGUAGUCCUACUAAUUGCAUUUUAUUCCCCCUCACUUUAUUUCUGAAUUCAUUUUGAACUAGUCAACCCACAAAACCAGUAAUGUAAGAUUUUAGGUACAAUAAUGUAACAAGCAUUUUCUCCCCAUACGCUAUCUCUCCUGGUACUCUGUGGGCAGCUAGUGAUGAACCUCUGUUGGUAUGUUGACUAGUUAUGGUACACUCAAUAUGGUACACUGGCUUCAACUGGUUGAUAGCACCUGCAGCCAUCAACCUGGUCCCAUCUUCGCGUUUGCACAUUUACUAAGGAUCAUUGGUAGUACAAUGUGACUAUUCUGAUGAUAUUGAUGAUGAGAACAAUAUUGGAUUGUAAAUUAAUCUCUAGCAGUCUGUAUUUUGAUACUUGAAUGAUUUUGCUUUUAUAGAUAUCUAUAUAUAUAUCUAUAUAUAUAUGUAUGUAUGUAUGUAUGUAAUUCUUUGCCACAUUUGUUGUAAAGAGAAAAAGGACUGUGUCUUAUAAAGUUCAACAUAUCAUGAUACCCAACGAUUGAAAACAAACAGAGAAAGAACUUGGAGCGACCGCACUAAAGAAACAAAGAAAAAGAUUGUAAAUAAUCUUGGGCUUCCAGUCUUUUUAUGAUUAUUAUUUUUCAUAAUUGUACAACUAAUAAAUGAAGAAAUGAUGAACCAGA